UAUAACCACACACGCGUAUGACACCGGCUUUGAAACCGAAAGUUCAAUGUGUUUUAAUUAGGUUUUUAUGAUGGAAAAACGAAUGAAACGGCCGAGAGAAGAGCAAGAUGAAGAAAGUGUGUUGAAUGUGAAACAGGUUUCUGAUGAAGAUUUUAGGCUCUGGGGCGUCGAUGAAACUGUCUCUUAUCUGCAGAGAGCAGGACUCGGUGAAUGGGAGCACAUCUUCAGAGAACAGGAAAUAACAGGGCUGGGGCUACCAUACCUUACGGAGGUACAUUUGGAAAACAUGGGCAUUUCCUCUUUAGGAUCACGCCUGAGAGUUCUUCACUGCCUUCAAAAGCUCUGGCAAAUCUCAAAUGAAGCCAUGAAGGUUUUUAAUGAUCCUAUCCAUGGCCAUAUUGAGAUGCAUCCUCUCCUGGUCCGAAUCAUAGACACGGCACAAUUUCAGAGACUUCGUCACAUCAAACAGCUUGGAGGAACUUACCUGGUGUUCCCUGGGGCUUCCCACAACCGCUUUGAGCAUUCGAUUGGAGUGGGCUAUUUGGCAGGAUGUCUAGUCCAGGCUCUCAAUGCAAGACAGCCAGAGCUACUCAUAUCAAAGCAAGACAUUCUUUGUGUCCAGAUUGCUGGCCUGUGCCAUGACUUAGGUCAUGGCCCAUUCUCUCAUAUGUACGAUGGCAUGUUCAUCCCUAAAGUUCGGCCUGGUGAGAAAUGGAAGCAUGAGAUGGCCUCAGUUCAGAUGUUUGACCACCUUGUAAGGGUAAAUGGUCUUCAAGCCGUGAUGUUACAGCAUGGCAUGACUCUACCCGAUGAUCUUAUUUUCAUUAAAGAGCAGAUUGCCGGACCCCUGGAUACCUCCAUAUUGGACACUACGUGGCCAUAUAAAGGCAGGCCGAAGGAGAAAUCAUUCCUGUAUGAGAUUGUGGCUAAUAAAAGGAAUGGCAUUGAUGUAGACAAAUGGGAUUAUUUUGCUCGAGACUGCUACCAUCUCGGUAUUCAAAACAACUUUGACUAUCAACGUUUCCUCAAGUUUGCACGAGUGUGUGAAGUAAGAGGAAAGAAACACAUAUGUACCAGAGACAAGGAAGUUGGUAAUCUCUAUGACAUGUUUCACACCCGGAACUGCCUCCAUCGACGGGCGUAUCAGCAUAAAGUGGGCAGCAUCAUUGAGACCAUGAUAACAGAGGCCUUUGUAAAGGCUGAUCCUUAUAUUCAGAUCCAGGGUUCCUCUGGCAGGAUGUUUACAAUCUCUUCAGCUAUAGACGACAUGGAGGCGUACACCAAACUUACAGAUCAUAUCUUUGAGAAGAUUUUGUACUCAUCCACACCGGAGCUGUCUGAUGCCCGAGAAAUCUUACAAAACAUUGUCUGUAGACGUUUGUAUAAGUGUGUGGGUCAGACCACCCCAGAGACGCAUGUGGAUGUGUCACAGGAAAAACUGCUUGAUUGGGCAAAAGAGGUAGCUGGUUCCAAACCCAGUGGCAUAGAUGAAAACCUGAUGGCUGAGGACUUUGUGGUCAGCGUCAUUCACAUGGAUUAUGGAAUGAAGGAGAAAAACCCCAUGAACAACGUUCACUUCUACUGCAAGAACGAUCCCACAAAAGCCAUCAAGAUUCGCAAAAAACAGGUGUCCAAACUUCUGCCUGAGCGGUUUGCAGAACAGCUGAUCAGGGUUUACUGUAAAAAGACUGAUGAUGAAAGCCUAAAAGCUGCCAGGAAGUGUUUCGUCCAGUGGUGCAUGGACAAAAACUUCACUAAACCACAGGAUGGAGAUGUUAUUGCUCCAGAGCUCACCCCCCUUAAAAAAGACUGGCACACCCAUGAAAGAGAUGAUGAAGACAGCGAGAUAGAUGAGGAUUCCGAAAUUUCAGAUAAAACACCCAAAAAGACAGGUCGUAACGUAAAAGUCAAGCUUUUUCAAGCUUAGGGAGAAAACGUUCU